AUGCUCGUACCAAUCUUUUCCACAUUAUCACCGCCCCCGCCCAGAUUAUGGCGAUGCAUCAGCGGCCUCGCUCGCUCCAACCGUUCACGAUGCUGUUGCUCUGCCGCGUCUCACGCCGACGGUGGACGGGACACCGCCGCAGCCGGCGGCGCUUCGCUUGGAUCUCCCGAGCAAUGUGAAGCACUGUUCGAAGCCACGUCGGCAGAAGACAACUCGGAUGCCACGUCAGUCACCGUCGCCGCCGCCGCCGCUGCUGCUGCUGCUGCCGUUCCAUUAGGAGCGGCUGACGAUGCUGCUGUUUCCUUGUGCGCGGGAAGCGUUGCGCUGGAUGGGCUGAUACACGAUGGGCCGAUACACGAUGGGCCGAUACAUGACGACGAUCUACGAGGAUCCGACCUUGUCCCGAAAGGAGAAGAAGCUUCGGCUGCUAAGCUACAAGAAUUGAACCUGGCUACCACGACAGAGGCAGGCGUCUACGAGGCGAGGAAGGUUGAAUCCGGGCGGAAGGACGCGCGGUGGAGUGAGGAGGUCUGGGAGCAGGCGCGGAGUGUGGUGAGCUUCGCGGGGCCUGUUAUGGGAAUAUGGCUGUCGCACCCGAUUAUGUCUUUAAUCGACACGGCAGUGGUGGGGCAAGGCUGCUCCACUGAACUAGCUGCGCUUGGGCCGGGCACGGUAAUGUGUGACCAGGUGGCGUUCCUCUUCAUGUUCCUCUCCAUCGCCACCGCCAACCUUAUUGCCACCUCCAUGGCACAGCAGGAUACAGAGCUGGCGUCGCGGCAUCUGUCACAGCUGCUGUUCGUGGCCCUUGUGUGUGGACUGCUCAUGACUGCCAUCUCCCUCCGAUUCGUGCCACAAGCCAUCACCGGAUUUGUGGGCAGCAACACUUCCAUCAUCCCAGCAGCGUGUGUCUACGCCAAGAUCCGAGCUUAUGCAUGGCCAGCUGUUCUCAUCACGUCCGUGGCUCAGAGCGCGAGUCUCGGGCUGCAGGACGUGUGGGGGCCGCUGCGCUGUCUAGCGGUGGCGAGUGCAGUGAACCUGGGGGGAGACAUACUACUAUGCCCGCUGCUGGGAUACGGCAUUGCAGGGGCUGCCUGGGCCACCAUGGCCUCUCAGUACGUGGGAGCGCUUCUCAUGCUGCACUCGCUGCACCGGUCGGGUCGAAUUCGCCUCGCCAUUUCGCCCCCUCCGCUCCCCGCCCUGCUCACCUACCUCUCCCUCACGGGUCCCAUCUUCGUCUCCCUUGCUGCCAAGGUCGGCUUCUACACAUUGGUCACCUUCCAGGCUACAGCUCUCGGCACUGUUCCUCUUGCUGCACAUCAGGUGCUGGUGGGAGUGUUUUCCCUCUGUGCAGUGUGUGCAGAGGCCCUCUCUCAGACAGCCCAGUCGUUCCUUCCCAGCCUAUGCGUUGGUGUCCACAGGAACAUGGACAAGGCGAGGCGGCUGCUGAUGACGCUGAUACUCAUAGCAGCCCUGCUGGGCGCCUUGGAGGUCACUACUGCCCUCUUCGUCUCGCUUCGCAUGCCCUCGCUCUUCACUGCCGACCCGGCUGUCGUCUCUCAGAUAGCGCGCAUAGCUCCGGCCCUGGCAGUCAGUCUGAUGCUCAACCCCAUCGUGCUCUCCUCUGAAGGAGCCCUGCUGGCGAGCAGGGAUUUGGCAUACCUGGCAACUACCAUGAGCGCUGCCAUGCUCAUAGGCGCACUGCUGCUCAAGGGGGCGCAGCACUGGGGGUUUGGACUUGUUGGCAACUGGUGGAUCCUAGUUCUCUUUAACGUGAUGCGACUCACAGCGGCUGCCGUUCGUCUUACAUCUUCGAAGGGAAUCUUUUCUCAAGGAGGGUCAUCCCAGGCAAUGUUUGCAUAA